GUGGUUGCGGUUUGUGGAGCGACACAGCUGCCAACAGCUGGCGCAGCUGCUGCGCUGCGCUCAGGGACCAGAGAGUACGCAGUCCAGGUACAGCCCCUUCCCAGUGACGUCUCUGCAGCGGGUUAUAAAAACCUCGUGCGCAGGCUGCCAGGGUUCUGCUAACUCCUGAGCCCAGAAGGACCAAGAAGCUGCGGGCGGGCAGGCGGCAGCAGAGGAGAAGGCUUCAAGGAAGCAAAGCAAAAGGGAACUCACCAGCUGGAUGUGGACCCCAGAAUUGGGCCAGAGGACCAGAACUUUUGCAAGCAGAGCUGAGAGCAGUCCUCCUUCCCCCUCAGGUCCUCACGCAGCACCGAGCUUUGCCUUUCCCGCCGCAUGCCUGUUGGUGGGAGUUGGUAGCAGCCGCAGGUGCAGAAAGGCGGGGUUGUCUUCCUGUCUAGAACUGUGAGGAGUACAAGAGCUUCAGUGCAAAGGAGAGCCUAGCUUGGAGUUUAGAGGAAUUUAGAGGCAAGAGGGCCAGGCAAAGAACAUACACAGGAGACUCGUUUGCUCCUCCGAGCAAGCCUCCUGCUAACAAGGACUGAGUUCUGCCCAGGAAACUUCCCACCUUCUGUGUGGCAGGACCUGAAGCCUCAGGAGUCUGUAACAAGGUUUUGCAGCAAAGAGGGGUGCGUGGUGUGUGUGUGUGUGUGUGUGUGUGUGUGUGUGUGUGUGUGUGUGUGUGUGUGUGUGUGUGUGUGUGUGUGUUUAAAGAAGCCAGGGCUUUGCUGCCUUCCCCCAAAAUGGAUAACGUCCUUACAGUGGACUCAGACCUCUUCCCCAACAUCUCCACCAACACUUCUGAGUCCAACCAGUUCGUGCAGCCUGCCUGGCAAAUUGUCCUUUGGGCAGUGGCCUACACGGUCAUCGUGGUGACUUCUGUGGUGGGCAACGUGGUGGUGAUGUGGAUCAUCUUGGCCCACAAGAGAAUGAGGACAGUGACCAAUUAUUUCCUGGUAAACCUGGCCUUUGCUGAGGCCUCCAUGGCUGCAUUCAAUACGGUGGUGAACUUCACCUACGCAGUCCACAACGAGUGGUACUAUGGUCUCUUCUACUGCAAGUUUCAUAACUUUUUUCCCAUUGCUGCUGUCUUCGCCAGUAUCUACUCCAUGACUGCUGUGGCCUUCGACAGAUACAUGGCCAUCAUUCACCCCCUCCAGCCCCGGCUGUCGGCCACUGCUACCAAAGUGGUCAUCUUUGUCAUCUGGGUCCUGGCUCUCCUGCUGGCCUUCCCACAGGGCUACUACUCCACCACAGAGACCAUGCCCAGCAGAGUUGUGUGCAUGAUCGAGUGGCCAGAGCAUCCUGACAGAACUUACGAGAAAGCGUACCACAUCUGUGUGACCGUGCUGAUCUACUUCCUGCCCCUGCUGGUGAUCGGCUAUGCAUACACCGUGGUAGGGAUCACACUGUGGGCCAGCGAGAUCCCUGGGGAUUCCUCCAACCGCUACCACGAGCAAGUCUCUGCCAAGCGCAAGGUGGUCAAAAUGAUGAUCGUGGUCGUGUGUACCUUUGCCAUCUGCUGGUUGCCCUUCCAUAUCUUCUUCCUCCUGCCCUACAUCAACCCAGAUCUCUACGUCAAGAAGUUCAUCCAGCAGGUCUACCUGGCCAUCAUGUGGUUGGCCAUGAGUUCCACCAUGUACAACCCUAUAAUUUACUGCUGCCUCAAUGACAGGUUCCGUGUGGGCUUCAAGCAUGCCUUUCGAUGCUGCCCCUUCAUCAGUGCUGGUGAUUAUGAGGGGCUGGAAAUGAAAUCCACCCGAUACCUCCAGACCCAGGGCAGUGUGUACAAGGUCAGCCGCCUGGAGACCACCAUCUCCACCGUGGUGGGAGCCCAUGAAGAGGAGCCAGAAGAAGGCCCCAAGGCCACACCCUCAUCCCUGGAUCUCACCUCCAAUGGUUCUUCUCGAAGCAACUCGAAGACCGUGACAGAAAGCUCUAGCUUCUACUCUAACAUGCUGGCUUAGGCAGGGGGCACAUUUCAAGGGUGUGGUCACCAGCCCAUCCUGUGCCCUGAUUCAUUUAUGCAUGGAAUCCAUUGGAAAUACCCUAACACUGGAGCUUUUGUAAAGGGUCACUAUGGUUUAAGGAAAACAUUCCAUGCUGUAUUCAAUCUGGAUUCCUUCCUGUCCUUGUCAACCAUCCUCACGAUUGUGCCCUAAGGCAGAUCAGUGAAUGUCUAUAAAGUGAGAAGGCUGCACUUGAUCCCCUACAGUUCAUCCCAUGAUGCCUGACAUGUCUUCAUCUGCAUGCAGGUGCUCAUUUGGGGAGGUAUUCUGCAGUAAUGCAUUCAGCAGACUUGUUGGCCUGAAACUUCUGUCUUUCUUCUGUAAAGUCAUUCUCAGCCAUGCACAGACUAGCUCAUGCCACUCCAGCCUUCCACUAGACAGUGUAAACAAGAGAGCUGUAGCCCCCCAUCUAAGCACACAUGAAUAGAAGGCAUGCAUCCACCAUUUUCAUGACAUCUGAAUAUUUCAAUUCAUUUAAAUAUCAUGAAAUUGACAACUUCUCACAACUUCUGCAUUGUGUCCCUAAUAUAACCAAUUCUUACUGAAUAUGUCUAUGGCAGCAGCUGAUGUAUAUUCUAACAAAGAGCCAGGAGACCCAUUCCAGGCUUGACCUAUGGGCCUCUUUCCUUCUUUGUAAAGCUACAGGGCUGAACUAAAUACUCUGCAAGUAUCCCUUCGAGUCUCUCUGUUCCCUGGUUUAAUGGUAUAUACAUUUUGUUCUCUCUCCCUUUCUCUCUCCUUCUCUCUCUCUCUCUCUCUCUCUCUCUCUCUCACACACACACACACACACACACAUACACACACAAUUAAUUAAUUAAAAUUAAAUAAAAAAUGACAGCCUCAGAAAUACUGAGUGGCAAUUCCUAGAUAUGAGUAUGGGUAAAUAUUCUCCCAUUGAUCCAGAAACCCUGAUCCAAAAUUCCUUCUCCAGGAAGGUUCUGGUCUUUGACAGAGCAGAGCACUUCAUAGGAAACCUUGGAUCUCUCCAGCAGCUGCAACAAGCUGCAGUCCACCUCUGAGAGCAGCGUCAGGAGGAGGAGUGUGUGAGCUUCCUGGCCUGGCUGCUCCUAUCUUCAUGCAGGGGUCCUAACUCAGAGUCUUCACUUUUUGCUCCUGUGUGUAGAGUGAGGAGGUUUCCCUCUGCAGCUACACUGAUGGAAAGAGGAGCCUUGCAUCUUCUCUUUUGCCUUCUUGUUCCACAUCGUUGAUCUCUGUCUACAAGAAGUUGAAUGAUCCAACAACCCCAAAGGACACUUGGUCUGCCAAGAGCUGGGGACUAAAAGCUCCAUGUCCUGAUAUAGCUUCAGGAUCUUCAGCAGGAGGGCACACGCUAAGGCAUAUGCCUUGCCCAGAUGUAGCUGGUAGCCAAGGCUUUCUGUAACAUCCAUGAAUGUCCUCUUGGUUCUGAUAACUAGAUGCACACAAGCUCCAUCCAUCAUGUCAGAGAGAACAAUGCCACCCACUACCAGUUUUUUCAGCUUUGGCUAGUCUUAUUGGCUCUAAUCCUAUGAGGGAGUCAGCAUACCUGGGGGAAGCACCAUUUACAUAGAAAUGGUACAAGCCAGAAAAAAGAAAUGAGAAACAUAGUGCGCAGAGCAUCAUGGGAAAAAGUUAAGCAAAUCCUGCUCAAUGACACCCUAUGAGUGGAAAAUAAAAUGUAGGGACAACAAAAGUCAAAUUAUUAACUAUGUUUCCAAAAAAAGAAUCUUUGUAUGGAUGCAAAGUAGUGUGCUUAUGAAAAGUGCCCAAGAAGAAAGAGCAUCGAGUGCUGAAGACACCACAUCUACAGAAGAGAAGGUUAGGGUAGAGCUGGCAAGGAUCUAUGCAGCGCCCACUCUGGACUUGGCCCUGAACUGGAGACUCACAGCUCCUUCUACCCCCAGGAGCUUCCUCUGCCUGCCAUUCCUGAUGCAUCAGUCCUGGUGAAACCAGACGGCUCACCAGCCCUGGAAGCACUGAGAAACAGAAUCUUCCUAGGGUUUUAAAGACUGACUUUCACUAUGGGGACUCAAGUCAAAGGGUGGGGCUUCUAGAGAGCCUCCACAGUGGCAGUUCUCUGAGGCAACUCUGAAGGGAGUCACCAGUAAGCCCUGGGGACUGUAAGGACUGAGAUGAGCAACCUCAUUCCGUGUGUAAUAAGAGGGAAGAUGAGGUGGACCUACGUUUUAUGGAUACAGCAAAGCAUCCCUUACAGAGGACCGUCGAGCUUCCCACUGCCCCUGCUCCAAAGCCCAUUUAAUUUGUAGAAAUGUCGUCGAUUCCUGUGUGUGAGAACACUGUGAUUUGUGAUCUGUGCAUGGGUCUCUUAUUGAAAUGUGUCACCCUGUGUUUAUCUCCUAAGUGAGUUUUAUUGAUGUACCCUCCAAUAAUGAUAGACUGGGAGACACCCUGGGGCCAUCCUUCCCGUGUACCCUCUAGCCUGUGGAUCCCAGUGCCACUGGCAAAUGCACUCCUGCUAUGUCAAUCUCCUCCUGCCACUGUUCUUGCUUGGAAAGGAGUUGGGAAAUGUACCUCACAGUCAAUGGGACUGAGGGGCGGGGAAGUGACCUUUAUGGGAGGAACACCCUUAGCCCUUCAGCAGAAUGCCAAGGCAAAGGGCUGAGUAGAAUCCUAGGAGAGGAGAGGACUCAGGCCUGGGGAAGACUGUGCAUGGAGAGGACCCACUCCUGAGGCAUCUGUGUUUGGGGCCUGGGAUUCUGGGAAGAAUAUCCUACAGAAAUAAAGUGUGUUUUCAGUGA